AAGUAGAUGUGCUGGCAGUGAGUAGCGUGACCCCGGCAAGGUUAUGUGCGCAGCUCUGCAUGUGUAGGGAGCCUGUAAUGUUUUGAAGUCUCUCUCCAUAGACAGUAGUGUGUGUGUCUUCCUUGUCAUGGACUCUGGCAAAGCGGAGGACCAAAGUCUGCGGCAUGUAGAAUCAGAUGUUCUUAUUCCAAAGCUGAUGAGAGAGAAAUCCAAAGUGCGAUGUGCUGAACUAGUAGAAGCUUUCACAAAAUGCUGUCAAGAAAGCGGUUUUUCCAUGGUGGUAAAAUGUCGAGGUGUAAAUGCAGCAAUGAGGGAGUGUCUCACAAAGCACUAUAGAGAUCCUGUUUUUUAUGAAGAAUGUAAGCAGGAAUAUUUAAAGGAAAGAGAAGAAUUUAGAAGAACUGGUAUUCCUGCCAGAAAAAGAGGACAGAAAUUACCAGCCAGCAUGUAACAUUUACCCGUCUGCCCUGCUAAUUAUUAUGAUGUUUACCUAAAUUACAUGGUGAUUAUGUGAGUCCUGUGUAUCAUUUUUUUGUUUUACUUUUUGAAAAAUAAAAAAUGGAAGAUAUUGCAAUAUUUUAUGUGAAAUAAUCUUGUGAUUUAUACAGCUGUAUCUUGUACAGUAAUUACUAACAUUUCACUUAUGACUACUUCUGAUUUUCUGAAAAGAGUUGUAGAGCCUUAAAACCAGUUUUCGGCAGCCCAUGAUAGUAUGACCUAAAUAAAGCAAAUGUGCCGCAUAUUAACAACACUCCAGUGUUGCAGAGAAGCUUCACACUAUUCAAAUUUCACUUUCAUAUUUAAAAGUGUGCCAUAGAUUGAGUUUUGAGCAAUGUGUAGCCGUUCAUUUCAACAUCCACCGCACUUGCGUUUGUUGAGACCACUGGCUGAAUAACAAAAAAGCUAUCUAAAAAUCUCCAGCCAGCUUUAGUUCGCAACCAACAUGAACAAUAUAAACAUUUUUACACCUAUGCAGAAACAUGCAUACAUUUAGAGAUGGGAGCAAUGUCCUGUGCAUGAAUUUAAUGGGGUACUUGGCAGUAUCUGGUAAAAGGAAAAACAUUAUUUUUUUCGUUUUACAGAAAGCAAAGAGGGAUUAAAAGAUCCUGUCAAGUUGUUAUUGCUGUUGGUGCCCUCGUUAGGGAGAGUCACUUUUCCUGUUUACCAUUAUCGUUAAAAAUUAAAGCAAAAGAAAAUUCCACAUUUUGGGUUGGGAUCAGAACAGGAAAAAUCUUCCGGAAGUCAAAAGAAUAUUGCUUAUGGGACACAGAUGGCAAAAAAAAAAACAGGUGUAAUCCUCCUAUACUCCAAAAUGAAAAUAAAUAAAUAAAAGUUUUGCCUUUUUAGUUACACUUUAACAUUUUCCCUGGGGUCUCAGCAUAAUGUCAUAACUGUUUGGCCACAGCUAAAAAACAAAAAGCUGUUGGGUAUGUUUUCAAUUAAUAGUACUAUAAAUUAAUUUAAGCUUCAGUUUAAUGUGUUCUGUUUCAUCUCAAAGCAUAUUCCUAUAAUUAAAGCUAUUUCUUGAAUACACAGUUAUGUAAUGGACUACCCUAUGAAUAUCCCACUAGGAAUUUUAUAGUUUAUAAUAUAAAGAUUAAGACUUCUGAAAAUGUAUCAGUUUUAAAGAGCAUGUGUACCAGUGUGAAAUAAUGAUGAAAGAAGCAUUAAAGGAAAUGUAUGGUGUUAAUUA